AUGACGGAGGCCGGGCUCAACACAGUCAACCUCAGCGAAAUGACUGUGUGGCAGCAGGUGAUGCUAUGGCUGCUUAUCAUUAUCGGUAGCUCUGUUUGGGUUUCGAUAUGGACGGUCGUGGCGAGGAAGCAUGUCUUUGAAAAGAGCCUGCGGGAGGACGCACGCGCCCAGAAAGAAGGGAGCUGGCAUGAUGGGGGCCUGCCAGUGUCCAAUAACAGUAUUGCUGCGGCUCAAGAGAAAGGAGCUGCAAGUGGCACCGGCUUGAUCGGCGGAGAGACGUUUUCUCAACCUCAAGCCGAGGGUAAUCACAUUACCAUUGAAACCAGUGGAAACAUCACUCGCCGUUCAACACCUUCGACCCUCUCAGACAAGAUGUCUACUCGACCUUGGCUGUCCUUUCUCAGCGCUUCCAAAGAGGGCCGCGGCUCCCAGUUCCACUCCCUUACGGGGCCCGAACGCUCCCGUCUAGGAGGCCUUGAAUACCGGGCCCUUCACCUCUUGUCUAUCGUGGUCCCAUUGUAUUCUGUGCUUUGGCAAGUACUAGGAAGUCUUGCUCUCGGAGCCUGGAUCGCAAACAAUAUGCCCACAGUCGCAACAUCCAAUGGUGCAAACCCGUGGUGGGCCGGCAUAUUCUUCGCCGUCUCAGCAUUCAACAACUCGGGAAUGUCAUUACUGGACGCUAACGUAGUGCCCUUCCAGCAGGCAUAUUUCGUGCUCAUAACCAUGGGCCUCCUCAUUCUCGCGGGUAACACGGCCUAUCCGCUAUUUCUGAGGCUCAUCUUCUGGGCUGCGUUGAAGCUACUUCGAGUGACGACCGCUGAGGGAAUGUUGGUGGAGCUAAAGAACACAUUGGAGUUCAUACUGAAGUACCCACGUCGAGUUUAUACUAAUCUUUUCCCGUCACGACCGACGUGGUGGCUCUUCUUUAUGGUCCUCAUGACAAAUGGUAUUGACUGGAUGGCAUUUGAGGUUCUCAAUAUCGGUAACCCGGUCAUUGAAGCUAUUCCUGCUGGGGCUAGGGUUCUAGACGGCUUAUUUCAAGCGUUAGGAAAAGGACAAUCACUGAUUGAGUUGUAG